CAGCUUCUCUUUAUUUCUGCAUUUAUUAUUUAUGUAAAGUAAAACAUUCUGAGAUCAGCUGUGGGUCAGAGAGCAGCAGGGCUGGAUGUGAGGAUGCUGCACUCUUUGCUCUGAGUGACGGGUUAUUGUGAAGUUGUCGAAGUUUUCAGACGUGUCGCUGCUGGAUGUGAGGAUGAGACCCACUUUGCUCUGUGAGCUGGGCCUAUUCUUGCUCUGUACGCUCCUCUGCACUGGACACGCUCAAGGUGAUCUAGAUGCUGUGUUAACUAUUGAACCCAACUGGUCCAGUUUUUUCAUUGGAGAGUUUGUUACCUUCAUGUGUGGCAUGAAUGAAGGAGCAGACACUGACUGGGAAUACAAACUCAACAAGAAUGGUCGAGAAUUUGUCCCCUACAACACAACCAAAUACUACAGAUUAAAUAUUUCAUCUACAGAUUACAGUGGUGAAUAUCAGUGUUCUGGUCGCAGGAAGAGCUCAAAUUAUACAAAGAGCAGUAACACUGUCUCUGUAACUGUAUCAGAUAAACCCAGGGCCACACUGACAGCAGGAACAACAAUCAUACCAGUAGGGGGCAGUGUGACACUGACCUGCUCUGUGGGGAGCUCUGAUGAGUGGAAAUAUGAGUGGUUCAGAUGCACCAAAAACACCACUGAAGUUCAAAUCAGAAGAGAUGAUCAACCAAACAGAGUUAUCAGAGUAUCUCAAGGAGGAAUCUACAGAUGCAGAGGAAUAAGAGGAGACUCAGUUUUCUACACUGAUAAAAGUGAUGAAGUCAGCAUUGAGAUAACCUUUUCCAAUAAAGUUGCUGUAAAACAACAAAAACACAGCUGGUCUCAGAUAUUCAGCAGUGAGACGAUCACUCUGACAUGUGAGGUGCAGGAAGGAGGUGAACCCACUGAGUGGGAGUAUCAAUGGAGAGGACCCAGGCAAACCACACAGUGGACACACAAUAAUUAUUGGACAUUCAGAGUUUCUGAGUCCAGCAGUAGAGACUACACGUGUAAGAGUCGACGCAGAGAUGACUCAUAUUCUUCAACAGAGUGGAGUGAAGCCUUCACACUGUCAGUAACAACAGAUAAACCCAGGGCCACACUGACAGCAGGAACAACAAUCAUACCAGUAGGGGGCAGUGUGACACUGACCUGCUCUGUGGGGAGAUCUGCUGAGUGGAAAUAUGAGUGGUUCAGACGCACCCAAAGUACCACUGAAGUUCAAAUCAGAAGAGAUGAUCAACCAAACAGAGUUAUCAGAGUAUCUCAAGGAGGAAUCUACAGAUGCAGAGGAGGAAGAGGAGACCCAGUUUACUACACUGAUAAAAGUGAUGAAGUCAGCAUUGAGAUAACCUUUUCCAAUAAAGUUGCUGUAAAACAACAACAACACAACUGGCCUCAGAUAUUCAGCGGUGAGACGAUCACUCUGACAUGUGAGGUGCAGGAAGGCGGUGAACCCACUGAGUGGGAAUAUGGAUGGAGAGGACCCAGGAAAACCACACAGUGGACACACAAUAAUUCUUUGACAUUCAGAGUUUCUGAGUCCAGCAGUGGAGACUACAUGUGUAAGAGUCGACGCAGAGAUGACUCAUAUUCUUCAACAGAGUGGAGUGAAGCCUUCACACUGUCAGGAACAAAAAAUCAACCAAAGGCUGAACUGAGUGCUGAUAUCAGAGAUAUUCCAGUAGGGGGCAGUGUGACCCUGAUCUGCUCUGUGAACCCAUCAUCAUCAUCAUCAUCAUCAUCAUCAUCAUCAUCAUCUGGAUGGAAAUACUACUGGUACAGACAUGAGAACUCCUCUGAGCCCCUGGCCACAGAAGAUGCUGUUUUCCUCUCAAAUGGACAAAUCAGAGUCUCACAGGAAGGACUCUACAGGUGCAGAGGAGGAAGAGGAGACCCAGUUUACUACACAGAGGACAGUCAGUCAGUCAGGAUUGGGAGAACUGCACCAGCUGACAAACCUCAGGCCUCCGUGGGGGGCAGCGUGACCCUGACCUGCUCUGUGGACGGCUCUGCAGGAUGGAGAUAUUACUGGUUCAGACGCACCUCAGAGUCUUCUGCAGCCCAGAGACUCAAAGAUGGAACAUCAUCCCACACUUUCAGUAUUUCAGAAGGAGGCAUCUAUCACUGCAGAGGAGGAAGAGGAGACCCGCUUUUCCUCACAGAGGACAGCGCUGCAGUCACGAUUGAGACAAAUGGUUUCAGAGGUGAAUGCUGGUCGUUUCUUGUGCCGUUCAUGGUUGGACUGGUUUGUGGAAGUUCACUGAUUGUUGCUGUGCUGCUGUGCUGCCGCACAAGGAUAAAAGAUCCAUGUGGUCACAGCUUCAUGCAGUCUCCAAACAUCAAUCAAGGCUCUGCUGCGCCCCAAACAGCCGACCAAAGUGAAGCUCAAGUUUACUCCUCUCUUCUCCACGGAGAUCUUUGUGUCUAUGAAUCAGUCAGAAACUCUGGAAACACUGAAAAUGGGGGAGCAGCAGGUGAAUGCAGUAAUGCAGCAUCUACUAUUCAGCUUGAUGAGAGGAGGAGACAUGAUGCUGCAGAGGAGAGCUCUGACUACAAUAAUGUGAAUCCUGAAUCAGCCUCAGGUCCAUAAAGAGGCUCGUGGACAACAACACAACAACAACAUUUAGCUUUAAACAUUCACACAAUUGCUGCCAUUUAAACUUCAGACUCAGAGUCAUUUGUGCGUUUAGUUUAAAGAAUGAGAUGCUCUGGAUUUUCAGCAUAAAUGGAAGAUGAUACAGUCGACCUUUGUAUUCAUGCUCAUUGUGUUUCUUUCUGCUACAAUAAAUGUAGUGUGGAGGUGAAAUAUUGUGGGGCCAUAUCCAUCCAGUAUGUGUGUGUACAGAUACCUGUGUACAGAAGCUCUCCUGUGAUGCUUCUUUCAUCAGCUGCUGUAAAUGUUCUCCAUACAGUAUGAUGCUGAUUUCCCAUCAGGCCACUGAGAGGAACACAGUGUCGCCUUUUUGCCUUUAUUCUAUCUGCUGAUCUGUUGUACUCCAUCUCUUUAGUUUAGACAGUUUUCUGAUUGGCCACCAUGACUUUAGAGUCGGGGUGACCCCUGAGACACACUGGGCACAUCUGCAUCUGUUAUUUACACAAACUGCAUUAAGAUGAGCAGGAAGUCAAACAUUGAAGCUUCAAAGAGAAUCUGCUCAGUUUUGAAGAAACCAAACAAACCCUGUGCUCACUAAACGCUGCUCUUCUGAAAUGCUCCCGGUGUGAUUUGAAGCCAUGCAGAGGAUGGAGAUGUGACGUCACAGAUGCACACAGACACACACAGGGUGUAUUUGAGGGAUUACUGUCACCUGUUAGUUUGACGUGAACAAAACUGAUUUUUUGUGUUUUCAUGGUAACAUUUUUUUUAACCUCGACCUGCCAACCUGUAACUUCUGUUUAAAAAACGUGUCUUUCUUUGUGUUGUGCGUUUGGGCGCAUCGUCCGAGUCCUGACAACGUUACGGUCAAAUAUUUUGCUCAUUUGUAUUUUGUAUAGAAGAUGCACUGAAUGUCAUAUUUACUCAUAUUUACUCUUAAUAAAAAUACUAAGGUAAGUCACUUCCUCCUGAAUUGUACAUGUGAUGCAGCUCUGCAGCUUCCUUUAUGCUCCAGUGUGCUGCUCGUGUUUCCUGUUGGUAUAAAAUAAUGUGCAGACACUUCUAUUCACUCAUCAUGAUACAGUAAGAUUAUCCUGUAAAUGUCCUGAUGUUACAGAGCAGUCACAU